AUGGUUUCACCACGUCGCCUUAUCCAGUUUCUGCUUGUGCUGUUCACAGCCGGCCUAGUCUUACCAGGCAGACUGCGAGGUUCUGCAUUUUCUGUGCCCUACUCCAAUGCCCACGCACUGCGAGGAGGUCGCUGGAUUCCUGGCAGAUGCGCGAAAGGCCUUCGCCUUUCAGCCAGUCCAAUCGUUGAAGCCUGGCUUUUGCAGCAGGAGCGGGAUAAGGAGUACGAUGAACUCUUGCGCGGAGGCUUCUCCAAGGAGAAGAUGUUCCGAUUUUUCAGCUGGCGGCCCCAUCUGAUCCUCCGCAGGUUUCUUGAGAUCGGCCAGGUGCUAGUGCCGGCCUGGCAGGUAUGGACGGACCCACACACGGAGCAGAACCGCGGUGAGGUGCUGAAGGGCUCCCUGGCGCGGUGUGGCCCGGUCUUCGUGAAGGUCGGCCAGACCUUGGCGCAGCGCCCGGACAUCGUGGGGGACGAGGCUGCGGAGGUGCUGAAGUCCCUGCAGUCCAAGACCGCGCCCUUCCCGGAUGAGAUCGCGCAUCGAAUCGUCCUGGAGGACCUGAACCACUCGGGGCCCCUGGCGCCGGGCUUGGUGCCUUUGGGCUUCCCGGAGGACGCCCCUCCGCUCUUCAAGAAGUUCUCCAGGAAGACCAUCGCCUCAGCGAGCUUGGGCCAAGUGUACAAAGCGACCACCAAGGAGGGUUGGGACAUCGCGGUGAAGGUCAUGCGUCCUGGAGUGGCCAGACUAGUAGCUUGCGACUGGGUUUGUUGGUUCAUCGCCUUGAAGCUCCAGCGCCUGAUCUUCGGCUCCUUCAACGACUUCGCCAAGCUGGCGGAUGGGGUGGCCGGAGGCGUGUUUUUGGAGCUGGACUAUCACAACGAGGGGCGGAACAUGGAGGACUUUGUGAGGGAGCACAUGUGGCUGGGCUUUGUCACCGCCCCGGCCUGGGUGCGGAAGUACACGGGGCCCAAAGGGACCUGCCGCGUGCUGAGCACCGAGUGGGCGGACGGCAUGGAUUUCAAGGACUUGCCGGAGCGCCUGCGACACCGCGCGGUGCGCUUGGCAGCUGAGGCCUGUCUCGUGCAGCUCCUCAUCACCGGCUUCGUGCACGCCGACCCCCACGAAGGCAACCUCAAGUACAUGCACGACGGGCGCAUUUGCUUCCUGGACUUUGGACUCAUGGACCGUGUGUCGCCCAAGGUCAUGGAGGGCUUUGCGGAGGGCAUCCGCAGCGUGGUCUCGAGGAAUUGGACGGCGCUGGCCUGUUCCAUGCAGGUGGUGGAGUUUGUGCCCAACCCGGUGAAGAAGAACCUGCGGCCCAACAGCACCCGGCCAUACUGGGUGGAGAGCACCUUCGACGAGUUUGUGCAGGCUUUGGGUGAAGAGGUGGGCUCAGACAAGAAUGCGCAGACCCGGUUCGGGGACAUGGCGGCAGCUCUGAAGCGGCUCUCCACGAGGUACUUGAUGCUGACGCCUGAGUACGUGGUCCUCAUGACGCGGACCUUUGUGACGUUGGAAGGCAUAGCAGCCGAGUACGACCCGGAUUUCAACAUUUACACCACAGCCCUGCCCAUCACGCUGAGAAGGCUGGUUUCGCCGUCCACAGCUGAGGCAAGGAAAACGCUGCGGAACAACGUGCUGACUGACAAGGGAGAGCUGAAGUGGUCAGAGCUGAAGGAUCUACUGAAGGCCUCAGAGCAACAGCCAGAGGAGACAUCCGAGGAUACCAGCAUGGCCAUCCUAGACUCCUCUGAUGAAGCUGAGGUGUCCGAAAGUGGGUUCAAGCCUUUGGAAGGCUUACUGGGCUCCACUGAGGGACAGUGCCUACGGCGCAUGGCCUAUGAUAUCAAUCUGCAUGCGCUGUUUAGCUACUUGGCCUCCAAGGACGCUCGGUCUCUGCGCAAGCAGGCGGCCUCCUGGCUUGCUCAGCAGCUGGAUUUUCGGCACCUAGCGCGCUCCGCCCGGCACAUGACCGGCGACCCCCCGGCGGGGUCUUUGGAGUACGAGAAGCUUCAGAAGCAGCGCGCCCAGCGCGAGCGCCGGGCGCUGCGCUUGAUUUUACGAAGCCAGUGGAAGCGGCUCCACUACCGUGCCGUGCCCGGCCUGGUGCUGGCCAUCGCCGUGUUCGCUCUGCGCGUGUGCGGCACAGCCCUGCUGCUGAUUCUGAAGCGAGCGACGAAGCGGAUUUGGAGAAGCCUGGUGCAUGCAGAUGCAGCCGAGCUGGGGACAGGAAAGGCCAAUCAGCCGAACAGAGGUCUUUUGCCUCGUCACUUGAAAGACAAGGUCCACCUGGUAGCGGAGGCGGCGCAGCGUCUGCAAGACGACUUGCAGGCAAAGCCUGACGCGCUGUGCCGGCUCUUUUGGGUCCCAGGGAGGAUCGAGGUGGCCGGCAAGCAUACGGACUAUGCGGGCGGCCGGUCCUGCAUUUGCGCUGUAAAUCGGGGCUUCUGUGUGCUGUCUGUGGAGCGGGAGGACCGGCAGCUGCGAGUAGUGAGCUUGAAGUUCCAGAAGGGGGACCCGGCUGGUGUAUGCUCAGUGCCUUUGGAUCCCAACACCGAGGUGCCAGCCAACCACUGGUCCGUGUACAUCGCCUCAGCGGCUCGGCGCCUCGCGCAGAACUUCGGGAAGCUGCAUGGCUGCGAUGUGGCUAUCGGCUGCGACUUGCCGCCGGCCUCCGGUAUGAGCACCUCCUCGGCCUUGAUCUGCGCAAUGUUUCUGGUCUUGGAUGCUCGAAACCGUUUGGAAGCACGGCCAGAGUUUGGGUCUUUGAAGACGGACGAGGACUUGUAUGACUAUCUCGGCUGCAUUGAGAAUGGCCAGUCCUGCGGCGUGUUGACUGGGGACAAAGGUGUGGGCACCUUCGGUGGCAGUGAGGACCAUACCGCCAUCAUAUCCUCGGAAGCCGGUGUGCUCAAGGUCUUCUCCUACAAACCCACCAGGUUUGAGCGAGAGGUGAAGAUGCCUCGGAGCUGGGCCUUCGUGGUGGCAUCUAGCGGGGUGCUGGCUGAGAAGACGGGGGACAAGAUGAACAACUACAACGACGCAGCGACGCUGGCGGCUGAUGCUGCCAAGGCCUUCAAAGAAUCCCAAGGCCUGGCUUCCGGCUGCGAGGAUUUGGCGAGCUGCGUGCGGCACUGCGGAGAGGAUGCCUGCGAGCGGAUUUCGGAAGUGGUCCGAGCCAAAGGCGACAACCUGGAGGUCCGCUUUCGACAGUUCUUCACUGAGAACGAGGUCUGCGUUCCCGGUGUGGCGGAGGCCUUUGCUGCUGCUGAUGCAAAGCGCUUGGGCGAGCUUGUGGACCUGUCACAACAGGAGGGCGAUAAGGGUUUGCAGAAUCUGGUGCCCGAAACCCGGUGGCUGCCGCAGGAGGCGCGGCGCCUGGGCGCCCUGGCCGCCUCGGCCUUCGGCGCGGGCUUCGGGGGCUCCGUCUACGCGGCUCGGUCGAAGGGGCAUGGGGAGCGGGGGUGGGGCUGCUGA